GACGGGGAGAAGCCUACGAAAUCGAGGGCUUGUGAGGCUAAAAUCUGCAAACAUGGAGGCCCAGUGUGGAGGUGCCUCAGAGAACAACACCCGUUUGUCAACAACCAGUCAAGGAUAUGUUUUGCCAGAAGGAAAGAUCAUGCCAAACACAGUAUUUGUUGGUGGAAUUGAUACAAGGACGAAUGAAGCAGAAAUUCGGAGUUUCUUUGAACGAUAUGGUGCUGUGAAAGAGGUGAAAAUAAUCACUGACAGAACUGGUGUUUCCAAAGGGUAUGGAUUUGUAUCUUUCCUGGACAACGUUGAUGUUCAGAAAAUAGUGGAAUUGCAAAUUAACUUCCACGGCAAAAAGCUGAAACUGGGGCCAGCGAUUAGGAAGCAGCAAAACUUAUGUUCUUAUGUGGAUCCGAGACCAUUAGUCUUUAAUCCUCCUGUACCACAGUUCCAUAGUGUAUGGGGAAAUCAAAAUACAGAGACAUACAUGCAGCCUCCAGCUGUAAUGAGCCCAGUAACCCAGUAUGUUCAGACAUACCCAUACUGCUCACCAGCUGUAUUGAUACAGCAGCAAGUUCCUGUAGCUUAUCAGCCAGCCUACAACUACCAGGUUCAACCACAGUGGCUUGCUGGGGAGCAAAGAAACUAUGUUAUGCCUCCGGUUUAUACUUCAGUAAGCUACCACUGCACUGAGGAUCCAGAAUUUAUACAGACAGAAUAUGCUGUUCCAGAGCCCACACAGUCGUCUGCUAAUAGUCCACAAAGGAAGUCUGUGGACAGGAGCAUACAAACAGUAGUAUCCUGUUUGUUUAAUCCUGAGAACCGUCUGAGGAAUACUGUUGUAUCUCAAGAAGACUACCCUAAGGAGAGGAAGGCACAUCACUUCAGAAAAGGAAGAGCAAUACUCAAAAGUAUUUGAUCAAUGAAGGCAGAAUGUGAAAGUAUUUGAUCAACAAAAGCUUCAAAGUGUCUAAAUUCAUUGACUUGAUGUUACUACAGUUCAGUUUAGCAAUGCAGGAUGAUGUUUUUUCAGAAGGUUGCUUCAAGUUGAAGUUUGUUUUCUGUUCUGCCUGUUUCAAUACAGUUGGCUUUACUUGAGUAGUUUGAAGUUUAAAGUUGUAAGAGUUGACAAACUUGCAUGUUUUAUUAAUUGUUUGCAUGCUUCCCCUUAUACCUAACUGGCACGUUAAAGAGUUCAUAUUGAAAAAACACUUGGUUUGUUUGCAUGUGGAUUUUCUUUUGAGUUCUAAGAUACAGUUUGCAUGUUACACCUAUUUUUUGUUAAACCAGUUUUAAGUGACUAAUCCUGACGGGUUAUCUCUUGCAGUUAAAAAUGGAAGUAGUUAUUUGCCCAAGAGGUUGUAUUUUAAAACUGAGCUCUUAACCAGUGAAGUGGAAGACGUCAAGUUGUAACUCAGCUGAAGCCCUUAAAGUCCUGGUUGUCUUAGACUACCUAAUCAAUGUGGUUAUGUUCAUUAAUGACAGUUUAUGUACCUGCAGUCUUGACCAUCAAUACUAGCUUUGGGAGAGUAAUUAGGAGAAUCCUUAAAAUUCCUAUCUCUAACUUAAGAUGCAAGUAUGUAAUUAGCUCUAUUGGCUACUCAGUAGAGUAUGCUUUUUUACUUGACAAAUUUUAGCAAUACCUGCAUGUUAAAAUUGUGAGAAAAUGCUGCCUUUAAAAUAUGCCUUUAUGUGAUGCAAACUGUUAAUCAAAGAAUAUCUGUAAGACUUUUAAUAAUAAUGUAGAUUUUAGUUGUGUAUUUUGAAACAAUUAAAAUAAAUUUUUAUUUUGA